GUUGUGUGCUCAACGUACACUGCGAGAAAUAAAUGGGCUACAUACAUACAUACCUCUCAAAUUUGACAUAGGAUUGAGGAUCAAGCAGGCAUUCUGGGUGUAUAAUUAUAUUUUUUAGACUAUAGAAUACCAUAGCUUCGACAGUCCGCUUUCUCCAAGUGUAGCUGGCCGAAAUUCGGUGGCACAAAAGAGUUAUUUGCGUGCCGUGAUUACCGCGCAACCUUGCCACCGUUUCUCGAACCGUGUCACUUGGCUGUCGGGGAUUCCGCCUGCCCGCUUCACUCCGCCGCUGCUGGCCGAUCCCCGCCAGAACUCACUCUCGCUUUCAGGGCUGGCUUAAUUAAUUUAAAUUCUUAAUUUAAACUAGAGCUGGUGGCGGGCGGCGCGGAGCGGAGAACGCCUUAAGUCGGUCGGCAAACAAAAGCCGCAGAUGCUAUCGCUAUCUGGUUGUGCACACACAUGUGUGCCACAUACUCGUGGUAGUGCCGCACAUGGUUCAUUAUUAAUUUUAUAUAAAAGCAACAACAAUUAAUUGUAAUUGACUCAGUCGCACGGGCAGCGCUCAACAGCCAAGUCGGAUUUGGAUUUCAAGCAAUCGUACUCUUAGUUCAUCCAGCCAAAGAAGAAACCACCCUCACAUCCUCCUUCUCCUCCUAAUCCUCCUCGGCGACUAUGCGAGCCGGAGUCGCCUGUCUCCUGGUGCUCCUGGGCAUCUGCGGAGCCGCUCGGGCGGAUCUCACCUACCGCGGAAAUGCAGUGCAUCCAGACUAUCCUGGCCAGUGCUACUACGAGGAGCUCAACCAGGCCAUACCCAAGAAGCAGUCCUACAAGCCCAUCAAUCGCGAGGGCUACUGCCAGUCCAUCUACUGCAGGCCAGACUAUGUCCUCGAAAUUGGCUAUUGCGGUCGCCACAAUCUGGUGCCCACGGAGCAGUGCAGGAUCGCCUCGGAUAUGCGACGCACCUUUCCGGAAUGCUGUCCCAAGCUGGUGUGCCAGGAGUCCGAGAGCAACUACAUCUAGCUGGGAUCCCCUGGCUGCUUAGUAUUAUUAUAUAAACAUACUUGCGAGUAUUGUACAUUUUCUAUUUUGGCACAUGUUUGUUAAAUAUUACUUGUAAGUUUAAUUGCGUAUUUAUGUUGAUAGGUUUAUUGUUCUAUGUUUUUUUGUUUUCUCACCGGAAAUAUAUAUAUAUAUCUAUUUCUACAAAAACCGAAAAAUGGAAAUCAUUGUAUAUAUUUCAAGCCAAAAACGAAGUUCGAUUUAAUUCAAGUAGUUAAUCCACAAAAUUUGUUCAUUUAAAAUCAGCCUAAAAUCGUACAAAAAAAAGUAAAGCCAAUAU